AAUGGCUCUGCUGUGGCUGCUGAGCUGCCUGGCUCUGGCGGGCUCUGCCCGCGCCGCGGCAAGCUGCGGCGUGCCCGCCAUCACACCCGUCAUCCGCGGCUACAACCGCAUCGUCGGCGGGGAGCCGGCGGUGCCCGGCUCCUGGCCCUGGCAGGUGUCCCUGCAGCGCUACGGCAACUUCCACUUCUGCGGCGGGUCCCUGAUCAGCGAGCAGUGGGUGGUCACCGCUGCCCACUGCGGCGUCAAGACCACUGACGCCGUGGUGCUGGGCGAGUACGACCAGGAGACCGAGUCCGGGGACGUGCAGAGGCUGUCCAUCGCCAAGGUCUUCCGCAACCCCAGCUACAGCUCGCUGACCGUCCGCAACGACAUCACGCUGAUCAAGCUGGCCACCCCGGCGCAGCUGAACGCCCGCGUGUCCCCUGUCUGCCUGCCCCAGGCCACCGAUGACUUCCCCGGGGGCCUGACCUGCGUCACCACGGGCUGGGGGCUCACCGACGCCUCGGCCGACACGACGCCGGCGGUGCUGCAGCAAGUGGCCCUGCCCCUGCUGACCAACGCGCAGUGCAAGCAGUACUGGGGGUUCCGCAUCUACGACGUGAUGGUGUGCGCCGGCGCUGACGGAGCCUCCUCCUGCAUGGGCGACUCCGGGGGCCCGCUGGUGUGCCAGAAGGACGGCGCCUGGACCCUGGUGGGCAUCGUCUCGUGGGGCAGCAGCAGCUGCUCCACCUCCAUGCCCGCCGUGUACGCCCGCGUCACCGAGCUGCGCGCCUGGAUCGACUCCAUACUGGCGGCCAACUGAGGCCCCAAAUAAAGCUCUGUGCCCCCGACCUGCCGCCUCCGUGCUCGGGAACCUGAACAGGGGGAGGGUGGGGACACGGGGCCGCCAGCGGGGACACCGGGGUGGCUGUUUGGGCACGGGGACACCCGGCCACGCUCAGCGGAGGCCGGGCACAAGUGGCCUCCGUGGGGACAGGAGCCGGCACCCGGGAGCGGGGCAACGUGUGGGUGCCCCCCCAAACCCCACACAGUCCUGGGGCUAUGGGGUCACAGGAACGGGCUCCCCGGUGCCCGAGGCCAGGAGCAGGGCCGGUGCCGGGGCCGUGGGACAGCCGAGGGGCCGAGAGGCCGGUGCGUGCCGGAGGUGUGCGGGGCCACCUUAACGCCUGUGGCGCGGGAGGGAGCAGCGGGGCCUUGGGGCCAGGCCAAGGGGCCGGGAGCAGCUGGGCCCUGUCCCCACCAUGGCCCUGCGGCGGGCGCUGGGGCUGGCGGGGGCCGUGGGGCGCCGCAGCUGCUGCAGCAAGGUGGGGACGGGACCGGCGCUGGGGUCCUGCCAGGGAUGGGGACGGGGCCAUGGUGGGGAAAUGGGGUGGGUCCCAAUGGGGCCCCAUGGUGAGGGAGGGGUGCCCAUGGCGGGUGCACCCAGGGCUACUCCACCGACGUCUGCGUGCCCAUCUCCCGCCUGCCCGGCAUCGUGGUGGGGACCCAGGGGGAGCUGGGGGACACCGGUCCCACCGGUGGGCGCUGCCUCCCCCUGCACCACCUCCCCUCCCCGCUGCCCCUGCUCACCCCCGUCCCCAUUUUGGGACACGUGGGCGAUGGCAACUUCCACUGCAUCCUCGUCUUGCACCCCAAGCACACAGACACCCAGGCACCGCGGGUGUUUCUAGGUAAAUCUUUAUGCUGCUGUGGGACCGGGGGGCGGGGGGGGCUGAGUUGGGGUGGGGGCUGCGACUCCGUGGCUCCGGGAACCGUCGGAAGCUUCCCCAGUGUUCAGAAGGCACCAAUGUCAGGUUGCGUUUCGGUUACAGCUGGUAGGGCAGCAAAACCCGAGAGAGGAAAAUGCAAAGGCUCCAGCCCCUCCCGCCCCCCAGCCCACCCGUUGCCUCCCGGCACCACGGGCAUGGCUCUGACACCAAUCUCAAGAGGAAGAG